CACAAGGACAAAAAGUUGUGGGGUAAACGACAGGAAAACCCUACACCCCUCCCUCCACUCUCACCCGAGGGGAGUGAGUGAGUGAGUGAGUGAGUGUGUGAGAUAGAGAGUCGGGAGCGCGCUUGAAGGAAACGGGGAAAACAUCGCUGCGUAACUCCGCUAAACUUUGCGACUUCUCGUUAAGUGACGAAUAAAGUUCAAUCCCGCGUGUCUGUAUCCCAUUAAGUUCACGCUGAGAUCGGAUUUUUCCUCAGGACGGACGGCGGUGCGUGAGGAGGACAGCAUGAGCACUGUGUGCAGAUUGUGUGCAGUUUGGUGUUGUGUGUUGGCCGUGCUGCCUGCAUCUACAGCUGAUACAGCAGAGAAGCAGGUGACUGGACGACGGUCUCGUCAGGCAGAGGAGGAUGGGCUAGAAGGGGUGUGGGGUCCAUGGAGUGACUGGACAGAGUGUUCUCAGAGCUGUGGUGUGGGUGUAUCUGAAAGGAGGAGACAAUGCAUGCCACCGCCCCAUACCCCGCCCCUUGUCUGGAGCAGACCAGAUUACCGGCCCCAAGGUGUCCCAAACCACACCCCUGUAAUCUCUGCUGUAAGACCCCACUACAACUCCUUGUAUCCUGGCAACGAGUCCCCUCCAUAUGGAGCAGGGGUUGCUGAGAGACCUCCGUUUUAUUCUCCACCUCUCCCAGCCAAUCAAAAUCCUGGAUUACCACUGUACCGAAAUGAAGCUGGUAGUGCCGGGCCAGCACAGUUCGGCCCACCCAAUCAGGAGCCAGUUUCAGUUUACAGGUCACCUUUGUUUCCUGGCUCAUCGUCAUCAUCCUCUUCACUUACAUAUAACCAAAAUGCAAGAGUUCCUGGACGGCCAUCUGGUCAUGGGCCAGGAAGAGCUGCGGCGAGUGGUAGCAGGAGGUCAGUUACCACCAAUAGGGCUCCAGCAUCUGUAAGAAGGUCUAGUUCUUCUAUUCGCCCUGGACAGUUUGGGUACGGCAGGGUCCCGUACUCUCUCCCCCUGCACCGUCAAAACCGUCAUGUGCACCAGACGCGCCACCACAACAGCACCACCACAGACAGUCUCAAUGUCCUAGACAUGAAUCCCAUCUUAGCUGAAGACAAAACAGAGGGAGAUGUUGAAACAACUAAAGCAGACGUGACCAAAAUUGGCAGAGAACGAAAAGAGGAGGGGAGAUCAGAAAAAGACAGGGUCGAGAUGGAGACAGAAACCCUUACCGUCACUAGAGAAAAGAGUGAUGAUGCAGCAGAGAAGCCAAUGGAUUCAGAGAUGCACAGACGACCAGAAAGAAUAAGGGAACGAGAGCGACUCCCUCAUUCUCAGUCUCGGACCCAGAGACAAAGCCAUGCGCACGUGGCCCGUGACAGACGCAUUGACGGCCGGGCUUCUCGCCAAGUCCCGCACCCUUACACACAAACUAUCUAUAGAGCACAAACUCCCAGAGACCCUACUUCUUACAAUCUGCAUUCCCCCAACCUCCAAACAACCUCAACAAACUCGAACCCUGAACCCUGGGUCUUGCAAAAUCAGCCACCCAGAAAUGAAGCUUCCAACAACUAUAGAUGCUCUGGAAGGAACAGAGAGUACCGCAGGUGCAGUUUACAGGCUUGUCCAGGUGCAGCAGUGAACCCCAGGGCUGAGCAGUGUGCAGCAUUUAACAGUCAGGAGUUUAUGGGACGUGUGUAUGACUGGGAGCCUUUCACAGAAGUGGGCCUCGAGCAACAGUGUGAGUUGACCUGCCGACCCAUCGGGUAUCGUUUCUACGUCCGCCAGGCGGAGAGGGUACGAGAUGGGACUCCGUGUGCGAAUAACACACCCAAUGACGUGUGUGUGGGAGGACGCUGUCUGAGUGAGGGUUGUGACGGUGUGUUAGGUUCAGGGUUGGUUCGAGAUCGCUGCGGUGUGUGUGGAGGUGAGGAGGGCACCUGUCAGAAGAUCACAGGCAGUUUCUUGAACACAAGCGUUCCACUGGGUUACCACAAAAUCCUGGAAAUCCCGCCCGGAGCCACAGCUAUCAACAUCACAGAGAAACGAGCCAGCCCCAACUAUCUGGCCCUGCGCAGUGGAACGGGUCAGUCUGUGGUGAACGGACGGUGGGCGGUCGAUCCACCAGGCGAGUAUCAGGCCGGAGGGACCACCUUUCUGUACAGCCGCCCAAAAGCUGUUUCUCAGGAGCAGGGGGAAGAGAAAGGCGAGUCUCUGACCGCACCUGGACCUACAACCGCCCAACUGCAGUUAUAUAUUAUUUUCCACAAGCAGAAUCCAGGCAUAGACUAUGAAUAUUACAUCCCUGUGGAGAAACGGGAAGAACUUAGAGAAAUCAGUGCCGUUGAGAUCCCUGCCGCUUUUCCUCCCGUUCCCUCCUCACCUCAGUUUUCUUUACCAUCCUCCUCAUCAUCUUCCUCAUCAUCUGAUCGAUGGCCACCCGAGAGGCCCCGCCCACAGGGCUCUGGACCUCCUCGUAAUGCCAGGAUCCCUCCACGCACAGACCUCCCGUUGGACAGUCAGCCUCCUUUCGUGUGGCGUCGGGGCGCAUUAACAGAAUGCACUGCUAGCUGUGGCAAAGGCUCGCAGUACAGAGAGAUUGUGUGUGUGAACAGACACACAGAUCAGGAGGUCCACGAGAGGAGGUGUGACUCCGCAACCAAACCUUCCCCGGAGGAGGAACUAUGCAAUAUUCACCCAUGUCCACCAUUCUGGGAUAUGGGACAAUGGUCGGAGUGCAGUGUCUCUUGCGGCCGAGGGGUCCAGCAGCGACACAUCCAGUGCAGACAGAGUUUUGGGAAUCUCUCUACAAUGGUUCACCCUCAGCGCUGUGCAAGUCUCACCCGACCCAACUCCACUCAGAUCUGCCACCCUCGUGUCUGCUCCCACUGGGAGAUCAGCACCAACUGGAGCGCGUGCUCAGUGGAUUGUGGAGUGGGAAAGAGAACCCGGAGCGUUCGCUGCGUCAGUGACUUUGGAAACACUGUGAGUGACAGGGAGUGCAGUGACAGGCUCCGCCCACAACGAACCGAGGACUGUCAAAUGGGUCCCUGUGUCACAAACUGGUACUUCACCGAUUGGACGAGCACUUGUUCUGCGUUAUGCGGGCCAGGCGUCCAGAGGAGAGAGGUGGUGUGUUUGUCCAGAGGAGGAAAGAGAGAAGGAGAUUGCACGUCGGAAAAACCGGCUGAUAUGAAGGGCUGUAACGGGGGUCCCUGUACACCCAUCAACCUCUGGUACACUGGACCCUGGGGACAGUGUAAUGUCGCGUGUGGGAACGGAACGCAACGCAGGGACGUCAUCUGUGUGAAGAAGACAGGAAGUGACUUCACAGUGAUCAAUACUAAAGAGUGUUCACACCUGGACAAACCAUCACCAGUACAGACAUGUGAACUGGAGCCCUGCAAACCGCAGUGGUUCACCACUGAAUGGAGCGCGUGCUCUCGUUCAUGUGGUGAUGGCAUGCAGACGCGAGAGAUACGGUGUCUGACAGUGGACAAACAGCACAGCUCGGCCUGCGAUCUCGAGUCUAAACCUGCACACGAGCAAUCUUGUAACACAAUACCCUGCAGUCCGUUUGAAGAUGAGAACUGUAAAGACAGAAGGCAUAACUGUGUAACGGUGGUCCAGGCUCGACUCUGCGUCUACUCCUAUUACAAGACCGUCUGUUGUGCUUCCUGUACACAGAGUGCACAGAGGGCCAAAAGACAGUGAUCCUACAAAGGUUAAAGGUCACCGUGUUCAGACCUUAUUGUAAUCAACUGCGGAGCCGAAACUCAGUGACUAGUUCAUACAUCUAUCCCAGCCAAUCAGAGGCUGCACCAUAUUUUAAUGAAAUUUCAGCAGAAAAUGCCGAUCUGAACUGAGAUCAGGAUCCCUUUAAAUGUUACAAAUACUGUGCUCACCAGUAGCUUUAUCUCCAUUGAUGAAGACUGACCAGCAGUGCUAAGACGGUUUACUACACUAUACUAUCAGUGAGGAUGCCAAAAUACUCAAUCAUACCUUAAAAUCAAUACAGUAUCCAAGCAAAUGCACUGAGGUCACAGGUCAACAUUCUUAUAUGGCACUUAUAUGAAGAUAAAGUUUAA